GGACGGGGAACCACCGGUAGACAAGAUGACGUGGUACACGCAGCGGUUCGGUAAAGAGAAACUGGAGAAUAUCGAGAAGAUGGUCGGGGCCCGGGCGGAGAAGGUCGGAGUGAAAAUCUCCUGGGGCGGCUUGCUAUCGCAAUCGACAGCCGCCCACCGCUUGAUGCUGAAGGCGUGGAAGAAAGGAGGGCAGAGGCUCCAACAGCCCCUUCUGACGCUGCUAUUCAAGGCGUUCCUCGAAGACGAGAAGGACAUUGGAGAUAAAGAGGUGUUAGCGGAGUGUGCCGAGGAGGCGGAUGUGAUGAGCAAGGAUGAGGCUAUCAAGUUUCUGCAGUCGGAUGAAUGUCGUGCGGAGGUGAAUGCUAUGAUCGCGGACUCAAGAGCGAAAGGUAUUACUGGUGUGCCUUUCACUAUCAUCGACGGGAAGUGGGCUGUGAGCGGAGGUCAGACCUCGGAUGUGUAUGUUCAGAUUUUCAAGAAGCUGGCGUCGAUGGAGAUACCAACCCCUACGGGCACGCCAGGCCCCUCAAAGUAAACCCUGCCCUCCUCCCCCAUCAUACCUCUUCACUCUAAACCCGGGCAUUCGGACCGUCUUGACAUAUGGUCGGCAUACCUACACUCUUCGUACCUGAGCAAGAAUUUAUUCACCUGUCAUAGCCGUUGUAUAUAUGGAUCGCUGUAAAACCGCUUGUUGACCUUGGGGUUAUUGUCGCCGUUUUUACAUUGUCUUUUUAGUGUUUCCCCUCCUCUGCGCGUUAGCUGUUCCAUCUAGGCUGUCUUUGGUAUUUAUAUCACCCGUUUGCCAGCAACGGAAUCCAUACUGCUGGUUGUAGAUGGUCAUUGACACUGAAGCCCUCUGAGGAGUCACUUCGUCCGGUACGGUAACGAAGGGGGCGCUAAGUUGCCGACUAGACCCAUCACAAGUGCUAGCGCUCUCCUCACCAUGAGCAAUCUUCUCUUGAAAGUGCCCCUGCUCGUCACCGCGACCGGCUGCUUUCAGCUGGCCGUCACUCCUCCGAACCCUGUGCCGUCAGGAGAGGAGCUGGUUGCCCCGAAGACUUUCGCUGAGAGGGUCAUCCACAAUGCGAGGGACAGCAGUACCCUGAUCCCGAAGGUCCUUGCUUGGGCAGCUAGCGUCGCAGAGAUCCUUACUAUCCUAGCGCAGCACGACCGAUUACCGGCGGCCACUCCGCCUGCAGUACUGCAGUACCUCGCACGCAACCGGGCCAUUAGCGCGGUGGGCUUGGGUGCAUCACCGACGUUCCUCGCUGGAUCGCUGCUUGCGGUCGCCGGCGGGGCGAUCCGAUACUGGUGUUUCCGGACACUGGGACGCAUGUUCACGUUCCAGCUGAGCAUACGCAGGGACCACCAGCUCGUCACGAGCGGGCCGUACGCCGUCGUGCGCCACCCGAGCUACACGGGCCUCAUGCUCGUCACCGUCGGUAUCAACUUGUGUCUGCUCAGCCCCGGGUCGUGGGUGCGGGAGAGCGGCGUGCUGGAGACUGUCUUCGGGAAGUGCUGCCUUGCUUACUGGGUGGCUGUCUCCGCGGCGUUCCCGUUGGUCGUGAUGAGGGCGCCGAGGGAGGAUGAGCUGAUGAAGAAACAGUUUGGUGCCCAAUGGGAAGAGUGGGCGAAGAGAGUGCCGUACAGGCUUAUUCCAGGGAUCUAUUGAUACGGGCUGUGGCGUCGAAAUCGAGCGCAUCUUGGGGCGAUGACUUGGAACUGCGAAUCUAUUGGCAUGUUCACAGCCGGUGUAAACGCUGACCGUUGCAACACCGCUUGUUGACGUUGUUGCCGUUUUUAUAUUGUCCUUUCAGCGUCGUCCCUACAUUGCAACCAGUGUUUCCGCAUGGCACUGAAUCGUCAGUUGCAAGUCAGUCGAUUUGAUGUACCCGAUGGUGAUUCGUGCGAGGGUAGGACAUGCGAGAGGGCUUGAAGGGG